CCAGCUUGAAUACAGGAUAUGAUGUCCCAAACCAAGUACCAUGAAGUCAUGGACCAUAUUACUACUCCUCCUCAUAUGCUAUUUUCAUUUUGUAAGAGAAAAAAAGACUAAAAAAAAAGCCUUUUAGCAUUCGACGUGUCCCUUCCUUUCAUUGAGGCGCCCUCUUCUGAAACCACCUCUCUCUUUCUCCUUUUUCUCUCUCUAUCAUUCUCUCUCCUCCUCCUCCUUCGUUCUUCUUCUUCAUUUUCUCCGAGGGCUCCGAUUUCGAGGCCUCGAAUCCCACCAUUUUCCGAUCUCUUUCUCUGUAAUCUGCUGCUUUCGAUUCUCGCUUCAUUCAAGAUCUGUUGAUUUCUUGUUUUUCGCGAAUUCAUUUUUCGUCGAGUACCGCGGAACUGAAUCUUGAUUUGGAAUUUGUUUUGAUUUUGGGGGUUUUAAUGCUCGUGAAUCAAUCGUUGAUUUAUUGGGUUGAUAUUCGAAAUUGUCAAGCGAUUUGUGGUUCCUCGCUAUUGUUGUUGUAGCUGUUGUUCAUCGUCUAGGGUUUGGUGAUUUCAUCGUUUUGCAUGUUGUUACGUAGUUUUAUUCAGAGAUUGAUCCCUGAUUCUUGAUAAUUUUGUUAAUGGAUAUGAAUUUUAAUGGAGAUUUGGUAGCUCUUGAUGCUGAGCUCUUGCAAUUGCCUGAGGUUUCGCCGUUGGCGCUUAAAGCGAAUCCUUAUAUUGCCCAAGACUUGUUUGAGCAAUGGCUUUCGCUUCCCGAAACCAAUCGUUUGGUAAAAUCACUAGUUAAUGACGCAAAAGCUGGGAAUCCUUUAAAUGUCGCCGGAAAUGCUUCUAGUACAAAUGCUGCUGCUAGCAAUUCAAUACCAUCCAUGUUUCCUGCUGGGAGUGCGCCUCCACUCUCACCGAGAAGCUCAUCAGGUUCACCUCGUAUUAUGAAACAGAGGGCCGGUCCUUCUUCCUUAGGAAGCCCACUUAAAGUAUUGAGCGAGCCAGUGAAAGAGCUGAUACCACCGUUUUACUUUCAGAACGGGCGUCCAGCACCAAAGGAACUGAAGGAGCGGUGCCUGUUUAGAAUAAAUCAGUUUUUUUACGGUCAUACAGAAGGCCUUCCAAUGAAUGCAGAGUUCAAAGCUGUUACGAAAGAAAUAUGCAAGCUCCCGUCCUUCUUCUCUACUGUCCUCUUUCAAAAGAUUGAUAGCAGUAGCACUGGAUUUGUCACCAGGGAUGCUUUUGUUGAUUAUUGGGUCAACGGUAAUAUGCUGACCAUGGACAUAGCUACUCAAAUAUAUACUAUCAUGAAGCAACCAGACUGCAAAUAUUUGACCCAGGAUGACUUUAAGCCUGUACUUCGAGAGCUUUUGUCAACUCAUCCAGGACUGGAAUUCUUGCAGAGUACGCCAGAGUUUCAGGAAAGAUAUGCGGAAACUGUUAUAUACAGAAUUUUUUACUACAUUAAUAGAGCCGGAAAUGGUCAACUAACCCUCAGAGAGCUGAAGCGUGGAAAUUUAAUUGCUGCUAUGCAACAAGCUGAUGAAGAAGAGGACAUUAACAAAGUUCUGAGGUACUUCUCCUAUGAGCACUUCUAUGUGAUAUAUUGCAAGUUUUGGGAGUUGGACACAGAUCACGAUUUCUUCAUUGAUAAAGAGAACCUUAUCAGAUAUGGGAACCAUGCACUUACUUACAGGAUUGUUGAUAGAAUAUUUUCCCAGGUUCCGAGAAAGUUCACUAGUACUGUUGAGGGCAAGAUGGGAUAUGAAGAUUUUGUUUAUUUCAUAUUGGCAGAGGAAGAUAAAUCUUCAGAACCCAGUCUUGAAUAUUGGUUUAAAUGCAUAGACCUCGAUGGAAAUGGAAUCAUCACAAGGAACGAAAUGCAAUUUUUUUAUGAAGAGCAGUUGCAUCGAAUGGAGUGCAUGGCUCAAGAACCAGUGCUUUUUGAAGAUAUAUUAUGUCAGAUCAUUGAUAUGGUUGGACCUGAGAACGAGAGUUAUUUCACCAUUCGUGAUCUGAAAGGAAGUAAACUUUCAGGAAGCGUGUUUAAUAUCCUCUUUAAUCUAAAUAAGUUUAUGGCCUUUGAAACUCGUGACCCAUUCCUUAUUCGCCAGGAGAGGGAGAAUCCAACCUUGACAGAUUGGGAUCGGUUUGCACAUAGAGAGUAUAUUAGACUUUCUAUGGAAGAAGAUGUUGAAGAUGCUUCUAAUGGAAGUGCAGAAGUAUGGGAUGAAUCUCUUGAGGCUCCCUUUUGAGUUGGAUAUGUUGCUUCACCACAAGAUGCGAGUUCUUUCAUAAAGCAGGCCAUCGGAUGGGAGCAUUGUCAAUUUAAUGGAGUUGGCCUAGUUAACGACACUCAUCUUCAUCAGUCACGGAUGCCUAAGCUGGGUUAUUGAUGUAUACCUUAAAUAUAAGAUGCCUCGAAGAUUUUAUCUGAUAACAAGCAGUGCUUAUUUUGUCGGCUCCAUAUCGGAUCCCGCUGGCCUCUUUGGGGAAGAGGAGCGGUCAUUUGCUGACAGGUGAUUAGUUGAAACCAAGAAAUGGUAGUGUUAGAACAUUUGGCAAUUCUUUUGGGUCUUCGCUGUAAGAUGUCGUUUGGUCUUUUUCUUUCCCCUUUUUUUUUCUUAUCUAUUCUUUCAAUUUAAAUAUUUUUCUCAAGUACUCGUAUCUUUUUAAGGAGGAUUUUUUUUUAUAUGUAUCAAAGAUGUCCCUUGUUAUGCCAAUGGCUGGGUUACUUGGACAGUUUUUCUCUUGUGAUAUAUUGAGCUAUUAGUUUAAUGUUAUGUUCUGGAAACGGCAAGGUUAAAUGAGAACAAUAGCAAGAUAUUCUGUUGCACAGAA